AUGAUCAUACCAUCGGUCCUCGGCUGCGUGGCCAUGGCCUUUGCCUGGAUGCUGCAAUAUCAGAAUGGCGGUCUGCUUAAUGUGGUCAUGAAGCCCGUACGGUCGCAGGGCAGUUCGAAUGUCACCUUUGAAAUCAUAUCAGAUUUCUCCGGACUCAGUACUCAGGUGAUGAACAUAGUGUGGGGGAAGCUGACGAAAGCAGACUUGGCCGUAUUGGAGGCCCUGCCCGUGGAUCUGGGAGGAGGCGAGCAAGGCGUGAAUCAAGCCAUUGCACAUCCGAACAAUGAAGGCAAACUCAUCGUCGCCUUCAUUGUGUGCUUGGUCUUCGCGUCACUGGGCCUCGUAGCCAUCUUUGUUGUCUCCCUCAUCUGUUGCUGCUGUUGUUCCUCAGGCAGCCACGGCGACUCAUCAAACAAUGAUCAAAAUUUCCUCUGCUGCGGCUUGCAUAUUCUGGGAUUCGUUAUGACUGCUCUUCUCCUGGUUGGCCUAGCAGUUUGCAUCGGUUACUACUUUGGAGCGGCUAAUGCCAUGAGUGAAACUUUGGCCAAUUCGAAGGCGACUGAUGCGGAGGUGAUUGUGUGGCUGAGGGGCAAUUCUUCCAGCUUUUCCAUCGGUCGCAUAAUGGAAUUUCUAGUUUCAAACGUUAGACAGUUUGCGAGCACAUCAAUUCAGUCGGCCAAAACUAAUGUAAAUAUGACCAUCAACAACUUAACGAAACAUCUUCUAGAGGGGACAUUGCCAAAUGAGAUUUCCACCCUAGUGACAGCAAUCGCGGUUGAAUUCAAGGUGGCCGAAAUCAUUCAGGAGGCAAAUAAAAUGGUAUAUGCGAUCGGCAAUGCGACUGAAAACUCGGAUUUUAUAUCGACAAAUUAUACUUCAAUUGUACUUGAUAUUGUCACAAACGCUACAUUAUUGAACACCACCCUCGACUCCGUCAAACCCAACUGUGGUCCGAACUAUUCACAGGCUGCUACUCUGCGAAACGACUUUGAUCCAUCCAAAGUGCUGCCAGUGCACCGCAACGUAACGGAGGUGUUUAAAAAAACAUAUACCCAAUUAAAAAAACUUCAAUCGCAGUUGGAGAACGUUACAAACCAGUUGGAAACUAUGCAGAAGAACGUGGUGGACGAACUGCAAAAGCAACUGGACUUUCAAAAAAUGCUCAGUAGCAUGAACGACCUCAUGGAUGGCCUAGAUAAACAAGUUGUACAAGCAAUCGAACAAUUAAACCAAGUCACUACUAAGGUGUCUGGUUAUCUGGGAGAAUACUCUGGUACCGCUAAGGCUGCCCUCUACGCCUUAUGCUUGCCUUGCCUUCUGGCCGGUAUUCUCUUCCUCGUCUUCCUUGCCCUCUAUCUGUUUGGGGCGCUUAAGCGUCACCUGUUUUCUCUUACCGGAAAUUCGGCAGCAGAGGGUACGUUUUACUUAGUUUUCUCCGAGAGAACAUAA